AUAGUAAAGUUAACACAUAAUUACAUGAUUAUAUGUGUAACAAUAAUUUUCAAGUGUCAGAAGAUUGUAUGCACCAUUUAUUGAUAUUAUUAUGUAAUUUUCUUAGUUCUUUAUAAAAAUUCUUUGUAUAGUUACAUUGGAUAAAGUUCGUCGAAUCAGUCUUAAUCGGACUUUAAUAACUUAAUGAGCGCUAAAUAGUUGUAAAUUGUGAAUUCAAAAAUUGAUUCGUUUGCAAGAGAUUAAACGUGCGUAUAUUUGACGUAUUUUAAGCUUUGCACUAUAAUGGAAUCAUAUUAAUAAUCGAUGUCUAUACGAAAACACAAUUGAAAGUAGAAGUAGCAAUUUAAAAAAAAAAAGAAACAUCACUUUAUCGAAUGUAACAAGAGUAAGAAAUGAAUCCACGCAUUCUGUAUUUCUUCCUAAAACGAAAAUGUUUCAAUCGUGAUUCUACGAAUUAGGUUUGUUAAUCGUAAACCACGAUAAAAUUAGUUUUUAGAACUAUUUUCUUUGUUUCUGUCUAUUUUUCAUUUCAGUUUAGUUCGCUUCACAAGUUAUUGUACGUAUGUACAAUUUAUUGGAUUUUAUUUUCAUUUAAUAAAGUUGUUUCAAUAUUUUAUCUUUAUGUUAUUACACCUGUUGAGUGCUUCAUUUAGCAGAGAAUUUUUUAAACGGUAUUUUAGUAAACCGACUGUAAAAUUGAUCAAAGAAUAAAGUAUUAUGUGUUCACUUGUUGGAUUUACACCACGCGUAUCGAUCAUUCGAUGCUUCCGUAACGUUUAUAGUAUUGAGUCGAGAGUUGGCUGUAUUUUAAAAGAUGGCUGCUUCUCGUUACAUCUACCAUACAGUUUGUCAUCGGGACUUCAACCUUACAUGCCCGGCAUGAAUUUACCGCAAGAUGAAAUGAAAUAUUUGCGCAACGACGGCAACUCGAUGAAUAUUUGUUUCGGUUGUGGCAAGAGGUACAAGUGGAGAGACAGUUUGUUAAGGCAUCAAAGAGUCGAAUGUGGUAACAAAGAGAAAAAGUUCUGUUGCAAAUUGUGCCCGAAAAAGUUUUAUCACCAGUACAAGUUAAAUGAACAUUAUCAGGGACGACACAAACUACCGAAGCAUCGUUAUGAUUGAAGUCAUCAUUAAACUUAUGAACUUCAGUGAUCUUUGUUUGACGAAUGAUUUUUAGAAUAUUUUUAUAUUAAUUUUUUGAAAGGUAAA